AUGGCCCAGGCACGUGAAACCAAAGGAGUCAAAAAGUCCAGCACUUCAACCGGAGAAACCGGAAAACGGAGGACACCAUACGCUCUGCGCGCAUGCGACGCAUGUAGACGACGAAAGGGAAAAUGCGACGGGCGACAACCGUGCAGACACUGCUCAAGCCGAAACCAGAAUUGCAGUUACAGCAGCAGUCUCGAGAACAAUAGCUCCAGUCUUGACAGUGACGAUUGGCACCCCGCCACAACGACAGCAGCGCCUCCAGCGCCUCCAGCGCCCGCCAUCACUGACCCGAUACCUGCGACUGCGAACCAUGACUGCGCGACUUCGGGGACUUCAUGCCAGACGAACCAGGCUGCGAUUGUCGAUAUGCUCUCUAGUCUUCAGGAGCAAUUGAAUAGUUUGGCGUCGCAAGUUCAAUACUCGAGUAACCAGGAACAAACAAAUCUUCCGUCGCCAAUGACAAUGAUUGCUGCGACACGACCCCGUGACCAUAUUCCAAGCACGAAUCCCAAUACAAUACCCAUCAUCAGUCACAGUUACACUGAAUCCACCACCGAUGAUCAGAGCUCAACGCCAAAAUCCUCUCGAACAACCGCCUCUCAACAUUUUUACGGCCCAACAUGUCCAGACUACGCAUUGAACGUGGGACAAUUAAAACUCCGACGGAACAGCUACCCUGGUCCACCACUUCAACAAAAGCAAUUACAACUUGCCAGUAUUCACGAAGACGACGCCUCCGAUGAGGCGGAUCAGAACUAUGGGCAAAAUACACAAUUUUCCGUAUCGCCGCGCACAAUCGACAAAGGCGACCCAGCUAUGCUUUUGACAUUCCGCUCGAUUAUGGGUUUGCAAGAGGCCACUCAGCUUUUAUACAUUUAUCAAGAGGUUGUCGGUGAACUUCAUCCUGUGGUUGAUAUUGAUGCGCUCAUUAUGCAGACGCGGUCGUGGUAUGCUGAGGCUGAUGCUGGAAUUUGGGAUGUUCUGGCGUCGAGCACGGGAGCUGCUACUUAUGAAUUACUGUUGAUAUUGAACUUGUGCUUGGCUAUUGCGCUGAGGGCUGAUGGGAAUCCCUCGAAUUCGAAUACGGAGACUUUGCUGCGGGAUAGCUUUCAGGACGCUGUCAAUGCGAAGCUUGCUGCGCCUGCUAAUAGCAUCCAGCAUGCGACCAUCAUAUUCCUCAAGGGCUGGUAUGACUUCUUCCAAGAGAUGCCUCGCUCAGCUUGGCGCAUGUGCGGCAUCGCUGGUCGUAUGCUGAUGGAACUCGGUCUUCACAACGCCGAGGUCUUCAGACAUACCGUCAAGACCGAGGCUCAACGCACAGAAGCCUGUACUCUGAUCAGCAGUAUUGUCAUCCUCGAUCGACAAUGGAGCUAUGCAACUGGUCUACCAACACACUUCCAAGACAAGAGCUUCAGCUCCAUGUCGACAUCGUCCGUCAAGAACCCAUAUCUCAAAGCCAUGCUCUCCUUCAUCCUCAUAAGCGAUCGUUUCAGCGAACCUAUAUCCAACGCCGCAAAAGGUGAAGGCUACAACGAUGAAAAUUCAUUUGAGCUCAUGAGCUUUCAGAUUGAGCAGUGGAGAAAGAAGGCCGUUGGUGAUUACACCGUUGCGAAUUGUCAAACAUGGCAUACAGACCCGUCGACCCGUCCGCCAACAUGGACGAUCUUACUAAAUCUCCGAGCGGAAUCCGUUCGGAGUCAACUUCUCAAACCCUUCUUCUUUUCAGAGUUGGAUAUUGAGAUUACAAAGAAUCACGUUCGAUCAGCUACUGAUCGAGUUUACGAUAUCAUCCAUGUUUUGCACACGCUUGACGCGACUACGGAUAUCUACCGCAAACAACAUCCAUAUUACCAGCAUAUUCUCGCAUGCACCGCUGGUCUAGCAUUUCUGCUCAUCGCUUUCAUAAAGCAAAACAGAGCAACAAUGCUUCCAAGCCUGACCCCCGAUCUUAUCGAGUCUCUCGGUGGUAGUUUCAGCAUGUGUGUAACGCUCACAACAAAAUACACGCACCGCUCGCGCUCCGCACGUCGUCUCGCCAAGCGUCUUAUCGAAAUGCGACGAAACCUUCUCAGCCUAGGAAUUCUCAACCCAACGAGCCCAGGAAGCCACGAAGGUCUAGAUAACGUCACAGAGUCAAUCAGGAGAGCGAGUCUUGCACAGCCAGUUGGAGAUUUCCAGCCUUAUGCCGAGUACUCGCCGCCUUUUAAUAACGGGGUCGUUCCCGGGGGGUUUGUGGCUGGGACGGUAAUUUCGGAUACGGAUAUGCAGAUGGGCUGGGAGGAUUCGCUAAGGUUGCAGUGGCCUAUUGGGGAUGUUAAUCACAUGUUUUCGGAGAGCAUAUUUUGA